UCUCACUUCCUAGUUCUCCAGACCAGGCGACAUAGAAGGGAGGAAGUCCGGGACUGGCGGCGUGUGAGGGAGAAGAAGUAUUCGUGAGACUUGUGAAUUUACCCGGAUUUACUAAUUCGACAUUUAAGUGAACAAAAAAGAAAAUCUUUUCUGGAAGAGGCAGAGGAGUUCUCACCAGCUUGUUAUAUUGAUCUUUUUCCUACAAUGCAAAACCUUCCAAGAUUAAUCUCACAUAUCCCGAAGAAGACUCUGGUCCCACAAUAUCCCUUGGGAUGCCAUUCCCUUCCUCAUCAAAAUUUUCCUUUUUCUAGAUCUCUUAGUAUGUGUGUCAUUAAUGGCCCAUCUACAUUGGCGGCUAGGGCAAUGGAUUCAGUCCCAGGGCAUUUUUUGAAAUGGGCAGCUUUAGGGUUUAGCCGAGGCUCCAGAUUUGCUACUGGUUUCACACCAUUGCAAAGGAAGCCCCUUGAUUCCAUAAUUGAUAUUGAGAUGGCCAAAUUCCAGUCACCGGACGACCUUAUUUCUGCAUGGGAAGAUUAUCAUCUGGGAAGAGGUCAUAUAGGUACAGCCAUCACAGCACAAUUGUACCGUGCCUUAGAUCAAAGAUCUAUAUCUUGCCGGCAUUUUGUUAUUCCAUUGUCGAGGGGGAGUGGCUAUACAACUAUGUUCAUUCAAGUGCAGAUGCCCAGCAUGCUCUUCACUGGACUUGAGGAUUACAAGACAAGAGGAACUCAAGCAACCCCUUAUUUUACCAUCACCCAUUACACAGAAUUUGCAGAAAGCAAGGGUAUAGUACUCGUUCGAGGCGAAGUCGUGCUUCCGAGCAAACUCGAUGACUCGGAGGCACGACGGCUUCUAGAAACUGCUCAAUCCUUCUACCUGAAUGAUGCGAAGUACAAACUUGUGGAGAGGUUCAACAAAGAAGCUCAUGAGUUUGAGUUCAAUGAUGUGCUGAGAGCACUAGAAAUGCCUCUUUUAUGAUUAUAACUUUACCUCAUUUUGAGCUGCCUGUUUGUUUUGAUUUUUUGGGAAAUAAAUCCUGAGUAAUAAUGUUGGCCUUUAGGAGAAAAGAGGUCAUUUU